AUUUUAAACAUUCGGAUGAAGGCGUCGAUAUGCUGCGGGGCAAAACUAUUAUCGUGACCGGGGCAAACAGUGGCAUUGGAAAAGCCACGGCCACGGAGCUCCUGCGGCGUCAGGGCCGAGUGAUCAUGGCAUGUAGGGACCGAGAACGGGCGGAGAAAGCAGCCCAGGAGAUCCAGCAGGAGGCCGGACCAGACCAAGGGGAACUAGUGAUCAGACUCUUGGACCUGGCGUCGCUUAAAUCUGUCCGUAGUUUUUGCGAAGAGAUAAUCAAGGAAGAGUCAAGGAUUGACAUCCUGAUUAACAACGCUGGAAUCUACCAGUGUCCUUACACCAAAUCAGAAGAUGGGUUCGAAAUGCAGUUCACUGUCAAUCAUCUGGGUCACUUCCUUCUCACUAACCUCCUGUUGGAUCUCCUCAAACGCUCUGCUCCUAGCCGGAUCAUUGUAGUGUCCUCCAAGCUCUACAAGUACGGUGAAAUAAACUUCGAUGACCUGAACAGCGAGCAGAGCUACGAUAAAGCCUUUGCUUAUGCACGGAGUAAACUAGCCAAUCUUCUAUUCACCCUGGAGCUCUCGCACCAACUCGAGGAGACCGGAGUGACAGUAAAUGCUCUCACCCCAGGGAUUGUGAGGACUAACCUGGGCAGGCAUGUCCACAUCCCACUGCUGGUGAAGCCACUACUUAACCUAGCUUCACGGGCCUUCUUCAAGUCCCCCGAGGAAGGUGCGCAGACGUCUAUCUAUCUGGCCUGCUCUCCGGAUGUGGAGGGCGUUCAGGGGAAGUGCUUUGCUAACUGUCAUGAAGAGAAGCUGUUAGCUAAGGCCACAGAUGAAGAGGUGGCCAAGAAACUCUGGGAUAUCAGUGAGGUGAUGGUGGGCAUCACAACCUGAAAUCUUAUAGAUUUAAGAAUUUAAGUCCAUGAUUGUUUCAAAAUCUGAAAAAGUAUUUUGAAAAGACGUUGUCUUGGAAAGAAAACAUGCAAAAUAUAUGCUUAUAUCCACAGGAGGGAGCUGUUUUUGCCAUUUCUUUUGCUUUGAAAUGCCAAUUGUAAAGUUGCAACUAGCUUGUUAGUUCUGCUGCAAGAGUAACAAUGUUUCCCUAAAUCCUGAUUAGUCAGGUUCAUAGAUUUCAAAACUGCAUUUGUUCACAUGUUAAGACUAGAUGUAACCUAAAUGGGUUAUUAACUGGAGAAUUACCACAAAUUAUAUAGUUUACAAAGACUAAACCCUUUAUCUGACUAAAAAUGUGCGCACAUAGUACUGAGAAGUUUUUGUGAUUGCAAUAUUCUGCCUAAAUUCUGCUCUAUUGUUGCACUUUUUCUGCUUUCAGGAGUGAAGCAGUUAACACUGCAUUUGAUUUGCACUUCUCUUACUGAAGAUCAGUGGAGAGACAUUUACAGUUACAGUACUUAAUAAAGAUGCAUUAAACAAAGCAAGAGUACAGUAGUAUCUCAGUUCUGAUUAUACAUUAUAUUGUAUAACCGUUAACUCUAAAUUCCCCUACAGUAUACAAUGCAUUUGAAAUAUAAAAUGGCGAGAUGCUGAUCUGUGCUAUUGUGAUGGUAUACACACUUUUGACAAAACUGCACAAAGAAAAAUAUUUUAAGCUCAGGCCUAUUUUUUAAAAUAAAAUUGUUUUAGUUACUGGAAAUAAAAUAUAUCUAUUAUUUAUAUAUAAUAAAACAUUUUAUUUUCAUAAGACGGCUUUGAAAUACAUACGCAUUCUGAUUUAUCUAACUAUAUGUGUGUAUAUAACUAUAUGUGUGGUACUGCUAAUUAUAAACUGUUAUACAUUCUAAAUUCCAUGUAUUUAUCAUUGUAAUCUUGCAGUACCUUUUAUUUUUGUGGGGUUUUUUUCUUUGAAAAAGGAAAUGCUUUGGGGAGCCUUCUUGGUCUAAUAAAUAAAUAUCAUGCUGUACAAA